CAGCCGUUUGAUAACACAAGCCCCACCAUUCGCAGAACGUGUGAGCGUCUCCAUCUAUCCUUUGGUAUCUGGCCUAGUGCCAAUUGGCGGAAAACCCACACUUACAGUUCAUUGUAAUUCACACAAUUCAGUUCAUGGUUUAGUCAUUCAAAAGAUUGAAACCAGCUAUACUUUCCUAAGAGGAACACAGUCUUAAUAAAACCUAUACAACUUGUACUAUUAAAAAUGGAACAUCAUUUUCUCGGCAUGGAAACGCUGUUGGAUUCGGGGUCGAACCCGGAUUUGAAUCCUCAGUUGAACCUAUCUAUCCAGCACCAUCUCCAGGCCCAAACUCAGCACCAAAACCUUCAGCAACAACACCUUCAACAAUAUACACCAAAUUCAAUCGUAUCUCCGUCAAAUAGCCAACCUCGUUCACUACAGCAACAUCAGCAUGACCCAAACCAUAAGCUUGCUUCACUGGAUUUUGACUUGUCCAACUCUAAUUCCAUCGUAACCGGCAGGACUAUGCUCCAGGACGAUCCCAAACUACACCAACAUCAACAGAUUCAGAACAUGGACCUUCACAAUACCUACCACCUUCAGCAGGUACCGUCCACCAGCAGCCAGUUGCACACGGAGCUUCCACUUCAGCUGCUGUAUGGACCAACUAUAAUACAACAGCAGAUCCAACAACAACCUCAUAACAACACACAUCAACAUCAGUAUCAUCUAGAUGUUCGUUUGGAUGAUAUGGGCAGUUCAGGAGAUAGCAACUCGAAUUCGUCGUACUCUGAUAAAAAGCUCGUCUCUCCUAUUCCUCCCUUGCACAUGCAACAGCAGAUAGUGAAUGGCACCAGUGAUCCGCCAAUCAGAGACAAGAGCGAGUCUUUGGUGACCUCUAUUUCGAGCGAGCUACACAAUGCAGAGGGUGACCAAAUUCUUCGGGCUUCCUGUUCCAGAUGUAAGAAAGAGUUUGAUCAACCAAUCAUAUUGCCUCAGUCUGCAGACUCUACAAAGCUAUUGGUUCAGCCGAAAAUUUUUAAACUCUGUCAGCACUGUAGAGACCUACAAAGAAAACGGUCUAGAAAGUGGCAGAAAAAGACAAAAGACAAGGAAGGAAUUUGUCGUCGGUGUGGGUCAGAAAUCCCUACAGAUGAACAGAUGUAUGUCUUGUGUUCCAUGUGUAGGCUGAACCUCCGUACGAGGAAAGCCAGUCGGGCAGCUCAGGGUAAAUGUGUACAUUGCUCUGGACCACUAGAUGCCUCCAUCAUAGUAGGAGAUGACAUCAAGCAGCCGGCCAAAAAAGAUGCCAAAGCCGGGAACUACAAAGUAUGUCAGCGAUGUAGAGAAAAUGACAAAAUAAGGCGUACAAAUCUAGAGAAAAUGGGCAAUUGCAAUCGCUGUGCUAAAGCCCUACCUCCUGCCGAUGUUGGUAAGCACAAGGUGUGUGUCAACUGUCGGAACAGGAAAAAGAGAAUGUCCAAGUCGUCGCCCAACACUAGUAUCGACAGUCUCAAUACUAAUGGCAACAACCAUGAUUCUACAAAUUCUAUGAUGAAUAAUAUUUCACACAAUGGGAAUGCUAUUUCUCAACAACUUGCUAUAAUGCCCAAUGAUCAGCACGCAGCAAUGGCAAUUCUUUCCGGGGCUGCAGAAGCCCAGUAUCCGCAGCUUCCUAUGAAUCAAAACUUCAAUGCUCAACAGUUUGCGCAAGCGCAGUAUAACCAAGCUAUAAUCCAGCAACAGGCCUUUAACCAGGUAUUCACACAAGCCCAUCAGCAACAGAACCAACCGCAGCAAGUUAUGAGCACACAGCUAAAGCAAUAUGACCCCUCUAAGGGCACGGUCUACGAGUUCCAGGGUGCCUAAUUAUAGGACAUGGUCAUUGGGUUACGAUUCGCUUACGAUUCUUUUAUUGUACAUAUUUAUUAAUCUCUUUCGUUAUUUCACAUUUUAAUAGUGGUGUCGGGUUUAUCUAGGAAAUAGAAAUAUUAGUAACU